AAGAUUUUUUAUUCCCUUUAUUUUUUAUUUUGUUUGUCUGAUUUCCUUUUUAUCUUCCAGGUGGCAUCUCUCAAGGAAAUAGUUGCAAAGAAAGAUGAGGAGAUUGAGCACUUGCAGCUUCUCAAGGUCAAUGUUAUCUGGAGGGAACGUAGGCCAGCAUUUUACUGAAGACAUUGAGCUCUUGGGGUUUGAGGAUGCAGAUUCUGAGGAAGGAUUAAGUGAUAUCUCUGACGGUGGUCUUUCAAUGGGAACAGAAACUGAUGGCUCAAUAGGCAGUGUUGUGGAGUACACUCUUUUUCCUGAAGUUGCAAAACCAGCUGAAAACAUAGUUCCCGAGCGCACACCAGCUGAGAAGCCACCAAUUCAGAACUCAGGGAAACAGCUAACAAAGAAUUUGGCAUGUGCUUCUUCCAAGAGAAAUGUUACAAACUACAUUUUUAUCUCAUAGGAACUUUCGCUUUUUUCAAACGACGACAAGACAACAAACGAUAUUACUUCCUCCUUUUCUGAACCCAUCUUGUUCGAUUUUUUGACGACUCUAGAGAACGAUCACCAAGCUAAUAACCGACUUAUUGUGAUGAUCACCACCGAGAGCCAACGUGAAUUAAUGGACGCCGAGAUCUCGUUGGAGUUAAAGGUCGUUUGCGAUUCUUAUUGCGCCAACAAAAAGAGGAAAGCAACUGAAAACAGCACUUGUGGAAUAAUAUUCAAAAGAAUGAAACCUGCGGAUUACCGUGAACUUAGAAAGAAGAGAGGUGCAGCAGUGUUUCAUUGGAGUUGAAGCUCGACCAAUAUGAUCCCUGGGCUAUCAAGAAGACGAUUGUGACAAGCGAU